AAACACUGUGCGACGGGCACUGACGUAAACACGGCCGGGGUGAGGAGGAGCUCCGGGUUCGGGCUUUUAUUCGCUUUUCUCUCUGUUUAUAUAAUAUUUUCUGCUCCGACACCCGGAUUAUUCUUCUCUACAGCUGAUUAAACAGCGGGAUAACCGGUUGGAUAAUUAACUUGGGGUUGGCACGAUGUUCCACGGAAUACCAGCGUCUGGAGGGAUGGGAGGAGCUCCUGCCAAUAAGCCAGAAUUAUAUGAGGAGGUGAAGCUGUAUAAAAAUGCAAGAGAAAGAGAAAAGUACGACAACAUGGCAGAACUGUUUGCUGUGGUAAAGACACUCCAAGCCUUAGAGAAAGCGUACAUCAAGGACUGUGUUACCCCUAAUGAAUACACAGGUGCCUGCUCAAGAUUGCUUGUCCAGUAUAAAGCAGCUUUCAAGCAGGUCCAAGGGUCAGACGUUGGUUCCAUUGAUGACUUCUGUAGGAAAUACAGGCUCGACUGUCCCCUGGCAAUGGAGAGAAUCAAAGAAGACCGGCCAAUUACUAUAAAGGAUGACAAAGGCAACCUGAAUCGCUGCAUUGCGGAUAUCGUAUCUCUCUUCAUCACAGUGAUGGACAAACUGAGACUGGAGAUUCGAGCCAUGGAUGAGAUCCAGCCAGACCUUAGGGAGCUGAUGGAGACCAUGAACAGGAUGAGCAACAUGCCACCAGAUUCAGAGGCUAAGGACAAAGUCAAUCUCUGGUUGACCACUCUGAGCAGCAUGUCUGCCUCUGACGAGCUGGAUGACUCCCAAGUGCGUCAGAUGCUGUUUGAUCUGGAGUCUGCCUACAACGCCUUCAACCGGUUCUUGCACUCCUCCUAAACUAUGGACCAUGAGAACUGUUCUACUCCACUCUGGCCAGCUUUCUCCCUCUGUCACCCAGUUCCUGAUCCCCGUGCUCUCAGCGGGAAGCCUCGUCUUCAAUACAGAACUCUAAUGUUUGGGAAUCUGAUGUAGACACUUUAAGAUCCAGCUGGGCUUUAGUGUGGAGUAUCUCUGUCUAUUAACCUUUAACCUUUGUCACCUACAUAGCAUUGCUAACUAUAAUUUCAGAUAUUUGUUAUACUGUGACUUUGCUUAAAUCUGUUUGAAACUGCUGCAGAGAGAAACCUUGUGCGUUUUUUUCCCCCAGAAGGAACAGUGCUUGCUUAGGCCAUAGAAUCAAAUCAGCAGACAGUGGAUGGUUUUAAGUCUCACUAAAAUUAUUUGGUUACAUUUUUGGAUUUGUCAUUAUUGAAUGAUGUCAGAUUAAGAAUUAGAUUUUAAAGAACACAUCAAAAUUGAUAUGGUAUCAAUCCUGUUUUUUUUCUGCCUACAUGUAAAAUGUUUUAGAUAUAUAUUUUUAAAAGGGGAUUACAAUACAUAUGUAUGAUUUAGAUCAUUACAUGAAGAAAAAAAGAUGUGAAUGAGUUGUUUCGAGUGAUUUGGUGUGAAAUGUUACUGGAGAUAAGCCUACUGCCACGGAUUUGUUUACAGCGGUGGUGAUUUCAAAAUAAAAAUAAAUAUUUUGCCUUAACACACUACAUGUACUGUGUGAAAUGCAUUUUAGGCCACAAACAUUUCCUUCUUACUGUUAAACAAUGUCUCUGGCAUAAUUUAGAUGCAUGACAUUAGCCUACUGUUCUUAUUGAGAGUGACAUACAUUUGAAUCAUGUCACAAGUAGCAGUCUCGCCCGAUAUAUAAACACUUUAAUGGGUGAAGUGUAUUGGGCUUGCCUGACCAGGAAAUCAAACCCUGGUCCACCACUGGAAAGUUACCAACCUCUGCUUCAGGCAUCAUGUAUAUGUAACAUUAAUCACACCAAAUCACUGCAUCAACUGUUUUACAUCUUUUAAUUCUUUAAUUAUGCAAAACAUUCAAGAAAUCGGUGCAUUUUCCCUUUAAUCAACAUGAUUCUCAAACGCCUGCACACUUGCUAUGCAGGCGUAUUUAGAAAAGCCGCAAAUACGCACUCCAUAUUUUUGGUUUGCCUGAAUCUUGCAUUAUCUGUAGCAAUUUCAGGUGCUCUUUAAAUAUUAGCCAUGUUUAUACUUAAGUUUUAGCACCCAAAUUUUAACUGGCUCUUUGCAGAGAAGGGGGAAAAAUCAUAGGGAGGGAUUUUAUUUUAUUUUUUUUAAGAAAUGUUGGUGAAAUUUGAUUUUACUAUGAUUUAUCUUUUCUUAGUUCUGGAAAUCAGUUUAUUAGCUAGAUUACAUUUGUUAUUAUCAUUAUACUUUAAUCUUACUGCUUAUUGUUCGGGGAAAUUGUUUCACUUUAUUGUCAGAGAAUUCAUAUUUAUUACAGGACCACUGUUGAAACAAUAAUUUGAAGUAAAGCAUGUAAAUCUUUUAGAAAUAAUAAAAGUCAUUAAAAAAAAAUUAAACUUGUGUUUACUUUA